AUGGCCACCAAAAAACCCCACUCAACCGGAAAAACAACAACCAAAACCAGCACUUGCGCCUCACCCGAAUUCGAGUUCUGGAUGGUUCGAAACCCCUCUUUCCCACAACCCAACAUUCUCUCCGCAGAUGAACUCUUUGUCAACGGGGUCCUCCUUCCUCUCCACCUCCUGAACAAACCCCAACCGCCACAACAACCACCCGACCCGGAACUCGAACCGUCCCCAGCUAUUACCGACUCCAGUUCCGCCGCAACCUCUUCCAAGCGCUGGAAAGACAUUUUCAAGAAGAAAAACGCAGAAAGCAACAACGACGCUAAGAAGAAAGAGAAGAAAAGCGGCGUCGCUCCUUCAGCGGAGCUCAACAUCAACAUAUGGCCGUUCUCCCGGAGCAGGUCCGCCGGAAACGCGGGCACCCGACCCAAAUUAUUCGCUCCCUCGACCCGCAAAUCGAACAGCGCGCCGUGCUCGCGGAGCAAUUCGGCGGGAGAGUCCAAGUCAAGGAAGUGGCCCAGCAGUCCGGGCCGGGCCGGAGUCCAUGUAGGAAGGAGCAGCCCAGUCUGGCAGGUCCGCCGUGGGAAGAAUCCAGAACCUCCUCCUCUCAACCACGACAACAAACCCAAAAGUCGCCGGAGCAAACUUGGUGGCGGCUUGGGCACCUCAAACACAAUGGUUUUGAAUUUGAAUGUCCCAAUGUGCAUCGGUUACAGACAUCACUUGACGUGCAGAAGCGACGAGAAUAGUGCCAUUCGUGUCAGUGACGCUUCUGAUAACAUCCCUCGCAGUGACAGUAACAGUGGGAACAGUAACCCAGUUCAUGCCAAUGCUGGGGGUAAGCUUUUUACCUUGCGCAGCCUCUUCACCAAGAAAAGCGUUGUAGCCUCCCACUAG